GCACGACACAGCAACCAGCGUUGAAAUCGUGCGCGGAGAUCAGUUGAGAUGUGCUUGUUUUAAGAAAAAGCUUCAGCUCAAGCGUGUGAAGCUAUGGCGCCAACUGUGCUUUUCUGCAGAUUGCAAAGAUUCUUAUCUCUCUCUAAAGAGAAACUAAUUGUUAUUUUUUUGAAUUAACUCAUCAGGGAAAGGAAGGAGAAGACGAACAAGAAGAAAGGAAACAAACAAACAAACAAACGAAUAAGAUGAGAACACCGUCGUCGGUUGGUAGCAGUUCUAGACGAUCAACUUACAGCAGGAGAUUUGAUUUUCACGACGAUUUGCAUUUUUCCGGGGAGUAUGGCGUCGGAGGAGCAAUGCUGCCUAUCUUCCUCAAUGAUCUCAACGCCAACAAUGACGACGAUUACGUGCAAGUGACGUUGGAGCUGGAGGAUGAUUCCAUCGUCGUACGAAGUGUUACUCCCACUGGCGGAUCCAAUCCAACUGUUUUCAAUGGGAUUGACGGUCUCCUAAGCCGGAGCUUGUCUGCUACGUCUAAGCUUCGCCGGAAAUUUUCGUGGCUCAGUUCUUCGCCGGCACGAGCACGAACAUCGGCGUCGGAGACGGAUGAGCUCACGAUCACUGCUCGGGAUGCCCGGAAAAUCAAAACCAAGCUCGAUAGGACGAGAUCCAGUGCUCAACGAGCAUUUAAGGGUCUCAGAUUCAUCAGUAAAACCACCAAAACAGAGGAUGCUAAUGAACUCUGGCGUAUUGUCGAGUCACGGUUCGAUCGGUUGGCCAAUGAUGGUUUUCUCUCCAGAGAAGAUUUCGGCGAAUGUAUAGGGAUGAACGACUCCAAGGAGUUCGCGGUAGGGAUUUUUGACGCUUUAGCGAGACGGAGAUGUCAAAAGAUAACGAGAAUUACAAAAGAAGAACUUCACGAGUUUUGGCUGCAGAUAUCGGACCAGAGCUUUGACGCCCGCCUCCAGAUUUUCUUCGACAUGGCGGACAGAAACGAAGAUGGUCGAAUCACAAGGGAGGAAGUCCAGGAAUUGAUAAUGCUUAGUGCUUCUGCAAACAAGCUGGCAAAACUGAAAGAACAAGCAGAAGAAUACGCCUCAUUGAUAAUGGAAGAACUGGACCCAGAAGACCUGGGCUAUAUCGAGUUAUGGCAGUUGGAAGGGUUGCUUCUGCAAAGAGACUAUUACAUGAACUCUAGCAGACCACUGAGCACGACGAGCAUGGGAUGGAGUCAGAGCCUGAGCGUGAACAUGAACAUGGGAAAUGGGGGAUUAUUUAAGCCCAACAAUCUGUUGCGCGCGUUGGGAAUGAAGCUGCGAUGUAUGCUUCUGGAGAACUGGCAGAGGGCUUGGAUCCUGGCACUCUGGGGGUUGCUCAUGGCUUCCCUCUUCAUCUGGAAGUUCGUGCAGUACCGGAACAGGGAAGCCUUCUAUGUGAUGGGUUACUGCUUGACCACCGCCAAGGGCGCCGCUGAGACUCUCAAGCUCAACAUGGCUCUCAUCUUGCUUCCUGUUUGCCGCAACACCCUUACGUGGCUUCGCUCCACCAGGGCUAGGUUGUUUGUUCCUUUCGACGACAACAUCAAUUUCCACCAGACAAUUGCCACAGCAAUAGCGAUAGGAGUAGUUGUACAUGCCGGGAGCCAUUUGGCAUGCGAUUUCCCGCGUAUUGUAAACUCGAAACCAGAGAAGUUCAAUCUGAUAUCAUCGGAUUUCAAUGACAAGAAGCCAAGCUAUGGGGAUCUUGUGAGGGGCGCUGAAGGUAUGACAGGGAUCGCCAUGGUGGUGCUCAUGAUCAUCUCUUUCACACUGGCCACCCACCUCUUCCGCAAGAACGUUGUGAAGCUCCCACCACCUUUCAACCGAUUGACGGGCUUCAACGCAUUCUGGUAUUCUCAUCACCUUCUGUCUCUCGUCUACGCCUUGCUCCUCGCCCACGGCUACUUCGUUUUCCUCGAACAUAAGUGGUACCUCAAAACGACGUGGAUGUACAUCUCUGUGCCACUGUUGCUCUAUAUAUGUGAGCGGAGUCUUCGAACGUUUCGAUCAAAAAGUUACUCGGCUAAGAUCAUAAAGGUUUCAUUGCUACCGGGAAGUGUACUGAGCAUAAUCAUGUCCAGGCCCCAUGGCUUUAGGUAUAAAAGUGGGCAAUACAUAUUUCUACAAUGCCCAAGAAUCUCCCCAUUUGAGUGGCACCCAUUUUCCAUUACUUCAGCACCAGAUGAUGACUACAUUAGUGUUCAUAUCCGUAGCGUAGGAGAUUGGACACAAGAGCUGAAACGGGUAUUCACCGAAACUUGUGGGUCUACAGCAUCAGCAAUUGGCAGAGCAAAAUUUGGUGUAGUUGGAAUGACAGAUAAGAAAGGAAUACCAAAAUUAUUCGUUGAUGGCCCGUACGGUGCUCCAGCACAGGAUUACAGAAACUAUGAUGUGCUACUCCUUGUUGGGCUUGGAAUUGGAGCCACACCUUUUAUUAGCAUCCUUAGAGAUUUACUCAACAAUAUACGCACAGCUGAAGAACAAAUUGAUUCUAAUACGGAGACAAGUAGAUCUGAAGAGAGCAGUCACGGCUCCAUGACUCCUCCAACGUCCACACCUCAUGGGAAGAAGAGAACGCAAAGGACUACGAAUGCUUAUUUCUACUGGGUUACAAGGGAACCUGGGUCUUUCGAAUGGUUUAAAGGAGUCAUGAACGAGGUAGCCGAAAUGGAUCAGAAGGGUGUGAUCGAGUUGCACAACUAUCUGACGAGCGUCUAUGAAGAAGGGGACGCGAGGUCUACUCUGCUCACCAUGGUACAAGCGUUAAACCAUGCCAAACACGGCGUCGACAUCCUCUCUGGCACCAGGGUUAAAACACAUUUCGCGCGGCCAAAUUGGAAACAGGUGUUCAAGAAAAUAGCUUCAAAGCACCCGUGUGCCACAGUUGGAGUAUUCUACUGUGGGAUGCCAGUACUAGCAAAGGAGCUAAGAAAGUUAUCACGGGACCUAACACAAAAAACAUCAACACGCUUCGAGUUCCACAAGGAGUAUUUCUGAACAAUGACUAGGGGAAACAUCACACCAUCAUCAAUCAUACACGUCUUUUAUUUUUGUGAAAAUAAAAAUACGAUCGACAAAAUUAAAGGAAAAAUAUUUAUCAUUAUUAUCAUCAUCAUCAUCAUCAUCUAUUUUUGUUCAUCAAUGAAAAUGCAAAAUGUAUAUAAAGAUAACAUAUUCAUAUGGCAAUGUCCUCCUUAUACGUCUCUUUAUGUUUUAUGUAAAUUAAAGUAGAGUGUCCUUGUAUUAAUAAUCUCUUUUAGAAUGCUCCUGUUAUGC